AUGAAACACAAGAGCAAAACCGUCUCCGUCGAGAGAGAGACGUUGCGGAGGAGAAUAGCCGUCGUGGAGCAGACGAGGAGAAUAGCCGUCGCGGAGCAGACGAGGAGAGGAACAGACGCGAAGAGGAGGCGUGACGGAGCAGAGGAAGAGAGGAGCCGUCGCGGAGCAAACGAGGAAAGGAGGCGUCAAGGAGCAGAGGAGGAGAGAGACGUCAAGGAAGAGAGGAGCCGUCACGAGCAGACGACGAGAGGGGGCGUGAAGGAGCAGAUGAAGAGAAGCUUAGCUAUUGCUCUCUCACUUUUCAUAUCUACGAUUUGUUCCAGGUCUGAAAAGCCAGAAGCCAGUAUCGAUUAUUCAACUCUUAUACCUUCCCUCAACGAAGCAUUGCUGGAGGCUUGUGGCGCUUUCUCGGCAGAUCUUUUGCUAGUGAGAUAUCUCCAGCGCUUGGAGUCUAUAUUUACUGGCGUACCAAUCCCAUGCGAUGUUCUUUUCACGGAUCCUCUUUCCUCCGAGCUCAAUGUGCUAUCUCAUAUUCGUGAUCCUUUUCUCAGUUCCUUACACCAAUGGACCAAGAAAAAACUAUCUAUGAACUCAUUCUCUCGCGUUGUAGGGUGGUCGUUUAUUCAUUUUCUCGAUCCUCAGUGUCCCCGUUCCAUACAUUUUCAUAACAUUUCUGAUGUGACGAUAUUUGCUGCAUUAACACUGUCACUACGUAGCGACCCUCUUUCUUUGGUUGUCCGAUUGCCUCUUAUGCGGAAUAGGCAUCUUUACUAUCAAAAAAGGGCGUGGAUCCUAUCCCCCUUACAAUUUGGAUGGUAA